UCAGACUUUUACCCAACAGAGCGAGGGCACUGGAAAAUAGCCAACAUUUUCAACGUGUUUUCUUGCAGAUAGCAACAGAGAAACGGUAACUGAAGGAUGUGGUUUGUAGAUGUGGCCACCUCCACAGGAUCAAAAUGUCUUGCAACCUCCCACCUAUGGUAUACACAAACCCAGAGAAAGAGGAGACGAUCGAACUUGAUUUCGGCAACCAGACUUCUUUUCAGCCCUCCGUGCGGAGAAAAGUAAGAAAUAAGAAGAAUGAACCGAGCACGGAGCCUCGCUUCAGAUGGGACGCUUUACCGGAUCUUGUGUUGGAGGAUAUUUUCUCCAGGCUCUCUAUAAGGGAACGUUACUAUGCAUCUCAAGUAUGCAGGAAUUGGAACAGAAUAUUUUAUUCAAAAAGAGUGUGGGAAACCUUUAUUCUACAUGAUCGAACACUAACGCGAAGGAAAUUCAACUAUUACAUGGGGGAUCAAUAUGUGCUGGACCACUAUAGGAUGCAACUCUGCCUACACAAAGUAUCGAGAGGCUUCAGGAAGAUUAUCAUCAAACCGAUGGAAAACUUUUUUAACCUGUACGAGUUCAUGAUGAUUCUAUCCUACUACUGCGAAAAAUUCGAGCAGCUGCACUUAAUCAGAACGCUUGAUUUCACUUUCGGCUGUGAGUUUGCAGCUGAGAAGUCUCAGAACAGUGGCGUUGACGAUAAGGUGUUUGGGACUGGAGGGAAACUUCUUGAAGCUUUGAAAAGGUUGAUGAAUGAUUUGCCAGGACUUAAGCACAUUUAUCUUCAGGAUUUGCUGUUAGAAAAGGAAGAAGCCAUAAGCUUGUUGGACGAUGUUGCUUACAAUUGUUGCGAAACACUAAAAUCACUCAGGAUCAUCAAUUGCUGCAAGGAUAAAUAUGCCAUGCUUCAUCCAGCCGUCUUCAUAAACUUGCAAACUCUUACACUUUCCACCCAACAUUUAAGUGAAGAUCUCCUUUUAUUACUUGGUGAUAUUCGUCUAGAAAACUUAUACUUAGUGCAAACGCGCUUGACUCCUGCCGUUUCACCCAUUCCUACCAAAGUAUGGAGAGAAUGUCACAAAAGUUCACCAUUUCUCAGAGUUCAUCAUUUGCUGGAAGGUCCACAGAAAUCUCCGGUAAGUUUGUGUUGUAUUUUGAACUCAGAAGUAUCUAAGCCUACUAAUGUGUAACACUUCAAAACAGAGUAGUAAAAUUAUGAAUAUGUAGUUCACUUAUAAGAAAUACUUAUUGCAGUUGCUGUGUUUAGAAUACCCGGUAUGAUUCUGUUGUAUUAUAUUUAAAUCAAUGGUGUUUAGUUAUAAAAAGAUCAAAAUAUUAGCGCAUUUUCAAUUGCAUAGCAUUAUAAUAUUCGCAGAUUUUAUGUAUUCGAAAAGAUUUUGUGUAUUCGUAAAGAAUGGUAAUGCAGGUUCUGUAGGGUUAUUUUCAGCAAAAAAGAAAAUAAAAGUUUAAAAACUGAGAAAUAUGUAAAUUGCUUUUAACAUUUCUUAGUCGUGAAACUUAAAAAAAAAAAAAAAAUAUAUAUAUUUUGCAAUACAGCUAUUGAUUUCAAAUGCGCAAACAAGAUGCCACGUUAUUACUCAAGGCAUGAAAUAUAAUAAGUAAGUGAAAAAACCAAAUACCACGUCAUUUACAAGCAUGAUUUAAAAUCAGUAAGGGCAUAAAACGAAUCGUGUAGAAAAAAGUGUUUCAAUAGUAUCCCCGCCGUUGAACUGCUCCACAAUGCAAACAGGUUGUUAGUUUAAAGAAAAUAGUAAGAUGACGUUUUUUUCAAAAAAAAAAAAAAACAUUAGAAAUAAAAUCACAUCAGAAAGACAAAGGAAAAAAAGGAAAAACUACAUAAUAUGGGGGAAAAUAUUCAAAUUCUUUCCAUUUAAGUCUUAAUGGACAGAACGUAUUUGCAAAUAAUACUUUGAAUGAUUAGUAUAUAUAUCAUUAGUAAAAAAACAAUCCUUUAAUAGAAAUAAUGAUUUAAAAUGUAGGCAGAAUGAAGAUCAUGAAUACGGUUUACUUGAAAACGUAUUUAAACGUUAGUGAGGAAAAGUUUUUAUGAUGUACUUAAAGCCUUAUAAUAUAUUACUUUAAAUAAACUAAAACUUACAUUGUACCUUAUGCAACAUUUUAAAUACAGCAACUUUAAC